AUGGAUGCAAUUAGGCCUAAUAAACCUCCUUCCUCUGCUCACCAUGAGUAUAUUUUGAUAGCCACAGAUUACUUUCCAAAGUGGAUUGAGGUCCAAGCCUUCAAGAGUUUAAAUGCAAGGUGUUCGAUCUUGGAAGAGAAAAUCUUUAUAAGAUAUGGGAUUCCGGAAUCUAUAACCGUGGAUCAAGCAACCACGUUUAUACGACAUGAGUUCAUUUCCUAUCUCAAGGAAUUCGAGAUUCAAAAGAUUCAUUCAACCCCUUAUUUUGCCCAGGCUAAGGGACAAGCUGAAGCCACUAACAAAGUAAUCUCUAAAGGAAUCGCUAAGAUGGUGGAUGAAAAUCCUAAAGAUUGGCACAUUCUCUUGUACUAUUCUACUUAG